CUUAUUAUACAGCAGCUGCGUACAAACAAACCAUCUUGCCGCGCUACUCUUCGGUGACAGCCCGUGCAGUUUGUCCUGCGCAACGCACCUAAAUUGAUCCACUAACUGCCUGAAACGUCUUGCACCUAGUUAAUAUUACCAUAGCUGACUGAUUAUGCAGAAGCGCCGAAGGCCAGGCGACCUCGCGCCUCAUUGACAGUGAAAGCUCAGCGCAGAACGCUUCUAGUGGACAAACGCAGCACAAAUAGUAUCCUGCUAUAGAGCACGAAUCGUAGACAGCACCCCGGUUGUUGCUGAAGCGUUUUGUGGAAAUGGAGUACCUGGAGAAGGAGAAGCUCUUUGCGAAGGCGGACGCAUUACGGCCGGGGCUUGGCGCCGAGCUAUCGCGCCUACCCCUGCACUCUGCCUCCGAGCUUAAGGAGAUAGAUGACAUGCUGGAUGAACACCGCAAGGGCUCAGAGCUGCGCGCUGCGGCGGCACGUGACUACCAGCGGCAGGCGGAGGAGUACCGGCGACUCACCGCCCAGCUAGACGCCAAGCUGGCCGCCGCGGGUCUGUCAGCGCUGCCACCCGCCGCCACGUCGGCCGCUAGGCACCUGGCGGCGGUGGCGGGCGGGCUGGGUCUGGCCACGUGCGCCGAGGGGGCCAUGCUGGCGGCGUGGGUGGCGGCGGAUGCACGGCGGCUAGAGGGGGAGCGGACCAAGGCGAAGCGCGAGGCGGCUGCCUCGGAGCUGUGCGCUGCGGCCGAGGCGGCCAGUCGGCAGGCGGAGGAGGUGGCGCGGGCGCUGGAGGGCGCGGCGGCGAGGCAGGCGGAGGGCAUCCGGGCGCUGCCGAGGAGCCAGGUGGAGCGGCGUCAGAUCGAGGAGAAGGCUGCGAGCUAUGUUGCCAAGAUCCAAAAGACCACACGGCAGCUCCAGGACACGGGGUUCCGGGAGGAGCUGGCUCACGAGGCUCUCACCGAGCUGGCCGGCAAGGUGGCGGCGGCGGAGGCGCAGCUGGCGGCGGUGCGGGAGGAGCUCAAGGAGUACGAGUCCAUUCCCCCCAGCGAGGCGGGCCUGGCCAGCCAGAUCGAGACUCUGCAGCGGGAACUGGACCAGGUCAACCAGGCUCUGGGUGGCGCCUUCGUGGGCCACACGGGCGGCUCGGGGCUGGGAGGGGGCGGCGGUGGCGGACACGGGCACGUGCUGUCGCGGCACGCCCGGGCCGGAGCGGUGGGCUUCGGGCAGUAGCGACGAGCGACCAGGGGUGUGAGCUUACGUGUCUCUUGCGGUUUUGAAGCCCUGACUUGUCUGCGGCUGUCGUCCCACGUGUAACCUCUAUUCGCCAGGGGAGGAGCGACGGAUCGGCGGCACAGUCAUGUGACAGAGACAGCAUUUGUGGCGUUCACGAUCCAGGAUUCGUGUCAAGUCGUUCGUGUGUGGCGGCGGCGGUUGGCCAUUUCAAGAGUGCGCGCUGGAGAAAUGAUCUUUGUGGCAUGGUAACGGUGCGUUGUAGCUGGAGUGGGCUUGUCUGUACGGUGGCAGCGCCACCAGCCAUGGCACCUCCGGCUGCUGCCCACGCCGGCGGUAUGGGUUUCUGUGCGAUGUACAUGAUGGCACGUAGGAUUCAAGAGGAGCAUCUGGAGGGCUGCUUCAGGCCCGGAAUUACCAGUGGCUUCCUUUCAAUACGAAGUACCGACGCACCGUACAUGCGGGUACACGGGAAUAUAACACAAUCCCCUUCAGCAUGUUUCCGCCGAGUGCGCGACUUCACAAUUGCCUGUGUGGUUCACUGCCGCCGCCACCAGACGCUUCCAGCCUCCCCUGGUGCUUCCAGCAUAGUGCAAUCCUAGCACUCUAUACUCGAGCAUUCAAGCAAACAGCAAAUGCAGCGUAACGGUGCGAGAUCCCGCAUGUAAGGCAAGAUGCGA